AUGGAUUGGGACCUCAAAUACGGCGAACUUGCCAACGACAAGGAAUAUGUAAACAAGUGCGAAGAUUUGAAGGAGAAUUUGAUGGAUUUGCAAAAGGUAUUGGACAAAUUGUUACCUUUGAAGCAACAUUAUGAAAAAAUGUCUUUACCGGCUCAGAUUGAAUUGGACUUGUUUUUGGCUUUUACGUUAAAUUCAUUGCAAUGGGUAACGCUGCGGAUACAGGGCGUGGAUCCUACGACGCAUCCCAUAAAAGACGAACUGCUCCGAGUAAAAGCCGCCAUGCUCAAGUGGAAAGAAGUAAAAGACCGCGUAAAAAGGCCGACAGUUGAUUUGCAAGCUGUGAAAAGAUUCAUAAGAAGCGGUCUCUACGAUCCAUUCAGGGCCAUCGGCAAUCCGGCUCACUUGAAAAUAAUUGAAGUAAUGGAAGAAGAUUAA